AAGGCGACCGACUGCACUAGCUUCGAGCAGCUACGACACUCUGACGCACGGCCUACGGAAAGCCUACGAGCGUACUUUGCUACGAACGAAUCGUAGCUUAUCAACACCCAAGUGCCGUUAUUUUGUUGGCAGCAAAUGAAUACAACCUGCGGUGCCACUAAACCUCCUGACAAUUUCCGCCUUAAAAUCCAUUCAGGAAGCUGUAAUGAAGUCGACACCAUAAGUAACAUUUGUAACUGUCCCCUUCUAGCUCAGACGGAUACGCAUAAAUAUUUAGGUAUUAUUAUCGACCAAAAUCUCAACUGGGCACCACACAUUACGUUUCUUAGCAAAAGAGUUCGCAAAUUAAUAUACCUUUUUAAAAAUCUUCGGGAGUCUGCAGACUUGAAACUUAUGAUAAGAAUAUACUACGCGCUAUGCCAAUCACUUUUGACGUAUUGCAUUCCAGUUUGGGGUGGGGCUGGGUCCACUCAUCUACUUGACCUUGAAAGGGCCCAGAGAGCCGUCAUCAAGGUCAUGUUAAAAAAACCUAGGUUAUAUCCUACGGACAAACUUUAUAAAGAAUCUGGUUUACUCUCUGUCCGGCAACUAUUUAUAUUCAACUCUGUUCUUCGACAUCACAAAACAAUUGACCCGUCUUCGCUAGUCUCUCAAAACAGGAGACAACCACGGCCGCGGGUACCAUCAUAUAACCUUCAACUUACCCGUUCCCAAACUUACUACUCCGGACCUUUUCUUUACAGAUAUUUUAAUGACAAUCUGAGAAUAUUCCCUAUGUGUAGGACAUCACUAAAGACAGCUUUAAACCAAUCCUUAAAAACCCUUACCUAUGACUCAACUGAACAACUUCUUAAACCUGUAAUUUAACUGACCCACGUGACAGGCCAUCUUCAUUCUUUCUAUUAGAUUUGACUUCAUUUCUACUUUUUCUACUUUUUACCACGUAUCCGUGUACUAAAUUUCAGCAAAAUUCUACCCACUGACCUUCGCAUGUUCGUGUUAUAAACGUACCCACACGCGAAAAAUACAGUCACACACUUACAUACUUAAUAACUGACCUACUGAUUUGGUGCAAUUUUACAUCCAUCCGUACAUGUAUUUCAUACUUAGUGCAAACUUUCCAAUAAUUUCCCUAUUCCAUAGAUUUAUUUACCUAUCUAAACCUUUUGUAUUUUUAAAUGUUCACUUAUAAUCUAAUCUUAAAAGACCAAUUAUUGGGGUGGAGGGUUGGUAACCUGAGACACAGGUUUUCUUAGUUCAGGUGCCAGCCCACCAUGGUCCUUACAGUGUGUAUUAGCUCUUAAGACUAUUGUCACAUUUGUAUCGGAUUAUGGUGAGAAAUAAAUGUUAU